UUUGGGCCUCCAAGACGUCGUCGAUUUCGGCUCAAUCUGGGUGCCGAGUUGUUCUGGUUAUUGUUUCCCAUAGUUCUUGGCCCGGUAUUUCCCCGUAGCUGCCCAAUCAGCCCGCAACCUUUUCCCCAAUGCAUCUGCUUGAUUCAUGAACUUUUUCGAGUUUUCUAAAGCUACCAGUCAGCACUGACAGAAAAUAAUCGAACUGAAACUUAGAAUGCUUUUUCGAGUGUGGGUGAAGAGCAAUAAUACCUUUCGGAUGAGUACACCGCUGCACAAAGCCGCUUUAAAUGUUACUUGUCGCAGCGACUUUGGCGACUUUGGUGCAACGCUGGCAAUUGAAAAACAGCACAAAAACAAAAAAACAAAAUGGAAAUAGUGGAAAACAUUUAGCCGGCGACCGCCAGAGCUGCUGAACUAGCGAGCUGCUUGGCUUCUUCCACAAUUGUGCAAAUUUAUGACGUUUGCAAAUGCAGCCGCGAGUGCAGUAUAAAAUGCAGUGGACGCCGAUGCAACGCCACCAUUAGACAACUGCCAGUUUGUCCAGCCACAUAGGGGAAUCCGCAAUUCCGAGAACCGCUCAACAUGAUGAAAUUGAUGCUAGUCGUUGGCUCGAUGGCCGUGCUCCUGGCGCUGGCCAGUGCCCGGCCCCAAAAUGAUGUGGAAGUUCUGGAGUACGAAUCGGAGAACACUGGCCUCGGCGGCUACAAGUUCAGCUACAAACUGAGCGAUGGCACCAGUCGCACGGAGGAGGGCGUGGUCAACAAUGCGGGCACCGACAACGAAUCCAUAUCCAUUCGGGGAUCCGUCACCUGGGUGGCUCCCGAUGGCCAAACUUACACCAUUAACUUUGUGGCCGACGAGAACGGUUUUCAGCCGGAGGGCGCCCAUCUGCCCAAGUAGACCUCCGCUUUCGAGGAGAUCCUGUAAAUACCACCUUCCCGAAUGAACCCACAACUUCAACCAACCAGCCAUACAGUGAGGUGCUAAGGUCCUGUCCGGAGGAGCUGUCCCUUGUCCCAUGGCAGCCAAUCGGUCAGUCAGUUAGUAAGUCGAUCAGUCAGUCAAGUCAGUGUCGUGCAUUGUUUUCUAUUUUCCUUGUUACUCGCAUUAAAGCCGAACUUUCGAUUCUCGAAAAAAAUAUGUUUUCUUUGUGGAGCCCAUAAAGUAAGUCACCAGUUCUGGGAAGG